AUGGAAACGUCCGCAGAUAACGCAACGUUAAAUAACAGCGAGGUGAUGAGCGAAGAGUCAUCACCCGAAAUGAAAUGGCCAGCAGAAAAAAUAUGCAUUGUAUGUAUGUAUUGUAUGAUAUUCAUCUUCGCCGUUCUGGGCAAUGCGUUGGUCAUUGUGACCCUGGCACAAAACAAGAGAAUGAAAACAGUAACCAAUGUUUUCUUGAUGAACCUAGCUGUAAGUGACCUGCUCCUAGGGGUCUUUUGUAUGCCAUUUACCCUUAUAGGCAGCUUACUGAGAAACUUUAUUUUUGGGAAAGUAAUGUGUCGCCUCAUUCCGUACCUUCAAGCGGUGUCCGUUUCGGUAAGUGUGUGGACUCUGGUCUCUAUAUCACUCGAAAGAUUCUUCGCCAUCUGUCGGCCGUUUCAGUCCCGCCAAUGGCAGACCAUUUCCCAUUCUUAUAAAGUGAUUGUGUGGAUAUGGGCGGGAUCUCUGCUAACCAUGUUGCCCAUUGCUGUUCUGAGCAAUCUUCUUCCAACCAGUGUAUCGG